AUGAAGGCCAACUCUUACUGCAAAAGGAACAUUGUUUACUUUACGCACCUCAGCAAUUAAGAUUUGGUUGAUAUUUGACCUGUGAGUAAUGCAUGCACACUUUCAUUUCGACGUUAAUUGAAGAGAGAAUGAAUAAUGUUUAAUAUUUUUUUUAUAUUUUUGUAUGUACCAUUAAUUUCAUGGUUUAAAACAUUUUCUCAGUAUUUGUAUUGUAAGUUAAAAAGGUCAAACAUACACGUGCUAUAUCUGCAGGUUAGGAACGGUUGAACGCAUUGUUACAAAAUAAUAGCAGCUUACUACUCUUUUUUCAAGCUUUAUUAUGGGGCCGAUAAAAAAAACCGUUAUGGAUGACCUGCUAGGUUACAUUAAUCCAAAACCUGUUAAUAUUGAUUCCGAUGGUGAAUUUGAAGCAGUUAAAACGGUAGAGAAAGGGUACACUUCGAGUGAUGACGAACUGGGACCUCCCCCCAACAGGAACAGAAAGAGGCCUUUGGAUAUUAGCGAACACGAUGAAAGGUACGCGGGUAAGAAACUUUCUCGUAGCAAACUUGAAACUGGAAAUAACCGAGAAUCUGAAGCAAAGAAUAAAGUUAGUGUUUUCAAAGAAGAGUUCAGUUCGAGUGACGAUAGUUUAUUGGAUGCUGAGCAUGAGGAUGAUGGGGGUAGAAAUGUUGGCAGUGAUGAUGACAGUGACGAUAGUGCUAGCAGCAGUGACGAAGAUGAAAACGCCGCAGUGGAACAAGGAGACGAGGGAGAUGAGGGAGCUUCCUUCCAGCACAUGUCCCAGAAGAACCAAGGGGAGGAAGUGGAGAAAGGGAAGGCGGUCAGGCAUCAGUUAGAAAUGUGGGACAGCUUGCUGGAGUGCCGUAUCAAGUUCCAGAAGUGCUUGUUAUCCGCCAAUUGCCUUCCGCGGUGUGACACGUUCAAGGAGAUCAUGUAUGAUCACGACUCCGAGCUGAAAGCGGCCACCCAGAAAACUCACCGGUCUGUCUCGCAGCUCCUGAACAAGCUCCUUGAUCUUCGCGCCAAGACACUUGACUUGUUUCCGGAAACAAACUUGCACCAAAGUGUCAGUGCUGAAGUUGUAGAUGGCAAAAUCAGGUCGGGUGAUGAGAUAACAAGCUCUGAAGAAGAAGAUAACAUCUCAGCUGCCAACCAGGAAUCUGAGACUCCACGCCGAACUACAGUGAACUCGAGAACCAGCAACAAAAUGGGCGCCAAGGAGUAUGGCGUGUUGCUGAAAGAGGCCCACGAGGAAUAUGCGGGGUUCCGCGAUGCGACCAUCCAGAAGUGGAACGACAAGACGCGUGUGGCAGUGGGCAACCUGAGCAACAAGAACUUCUCAGCGUUCGAGCAGUCAACGGUGAGCCAGAUAGAAAACGUGCUGCGGGACCGGGCGCGUCUGUUGCGGCGCUCGCAGGUGAAGCGCGCGAGCUACGCUGUGCUGGGACAGGGCGAGGAGGGAGGGGAAGAGAAUGAGCGCGAUGUGGAGCUGUUUGACGACGGGGACUGGUACCAGCAGCUGGUGCGUGAGCUGAUUGAGCGCAAGUGCGCAGGCGUCGGAGACCCGGCGCAGCUGGGGCGCCGGUGGCUGCAGCUGCAGUCGCUGCGCUCCAAGAUGCGGCGCCGAGUGGACACGCGCGCCACCAAGGGUCGCAAGGUGUCAUACACUGUCCAUCCCAAGCUGGUCAGCUUCAUGGCGCCGGUUACUGCGCCAGACGCGUGGACAGACGCAGCCCGCUCCGAGCUGUACAGCUCCUUGUUCGGCAAGACUGCCUCAUCAUGAGGCUAUAGGCCCAUUCGUCCCUUAUCACAAUCACUUUUUAUGUUGUGUCCCUCAUGUUAGUUCAGUUGUGAAACGGGUGUAUUCCUUAUAAAUGUUAUGAUUUAUGUGAAUAAAAUUAUUUUGUUAAGAGCUCUAA